AUGUAUCAUGCCAUUAAAGAAUGGGGUGGAACUCCUUUUGGCUUUAUUGAUGAUGUGACUAUUACCGUUGAAGGUAAAAUUGAAGAAAAUACCAAAAGCUUAAGCAACAUAUUAGAAAAAUGUUGUAAUUGGGCUAAAUCAAGAAUGACCAAAAUUGAUUUGGGUGAUAAAUUGGGUUUUAUUCAUUUUACAAAAAAUGUGAAACCUAAAGAUGAGAAAGUGCAACUUACUUUACCUAAUGGAGAACUUCGUGAACCCCAGAAGGAAGUUAAAUUGCUUGGAAUUACUUUGAACAAUCUGCUUGAUUUUAAAUCUCAUAUUUUGAAUAAAAUCAAUAAAGCAAGAAAAGCUGUUGGUGCUAUUUGGCAUCUUGGUGGCGUGCAAAAAGGUAUGCGAGGGUCUGCAGUCAGAUCACUGUAUAUUGCUUGCGUGAGACCAAUUGUUGAAUAUGGCUUAGAAAUUUGGCAUCAUAAAAUCUUGAAAGGAGAAAUCCACAAGUUGGAAGUGAUGCAGAACAUGGCUUUAAGAAGAAUUGUUGGUGCUUAUCGCACAACUCCUAUUGCGGUAUUACAAAGGAAGCUGACGAUUGGAAUUUUGAAGAAACAAGCAAUGGAAGAAUGGCAAGAAAUGUAUUGGAACAGCAGUAAGGAUCUGUGGUAUCAUAAUAUCACAGUGGAGUCGAAAUGUACUGAUAAUCUUUCCAAAAUGGUUACAGGAGUGAUCAUGAAGAAAGAUAGUCGAAGGAUCUUGAGUAAUAUUACUCAGUUUCGCACAGGCCAUGGCAACUUUGGCGCAUGGUUUAAAAAGUUUGGAAUUGAAAAGGAUAGUUACAACUGCAAAUGUGGAGAGCUGGAAACAGUUCAUCACAUUUUAGUUGAGUGUCCUUUGCUUGAAGAGGAAAGAAAAGGACUGAAACGGAUAUCUCCAGAGAUGGACAUGUCGACUCUCUUAAACAGUUUAACUGGCUUACAAGAGAUUGUAAGCUUUAUCUCUGCUUGGAGGGAUUAA